CCACGCUUCAAGUCCACAAGUUUCAAGGAUUUUUUCAGGGAAGUUUCAACUCAACCAUUAAUCUUUCUAUAUAUAUAUAUAUACAUAGCCCAUUCUUAUUAUCAUCAGCAAACAACAAGCAAUAUACCAAACAACUUGAAUCAUUUCUUACAUCUUUCAGAUUUAGCUUCAAAAAGAAUUCAAAAUUUUCAUACAAAGAAAUAAAUUUCAUAAAUGGCUUUCGUGAGAAGUCUACUGGGUGCAAAGAAGAUUCUAGGCCACUCCACCGCAGCAGCCUCGGCAGCACCGAAAGGGUUUCUUGCAGUGUACGUAGGAGAGAGCCAGAAGAAGAGAUAUUUGGUGCCAGUUUCAUACUUGAACCAGCCAACAUUCCAAGCCCUCCUCAGUAAAUCGGAGGAGGAGUUUGGAUUCGAUCAUCCGAUGGGUGGCUUAACGAUUCCUUGUCAUGAAGAUACCUUCAUCAAUGUGACUUCUCGGCUCCAGUGAUGAUGAUCUUACAUUUAGUUCAUCCGAGUUAGAAAAAUAGACUACUUUAUUGUAUAUAGAUAUUUACUCUUUCUUCUUGAAAGAGUUGUGUAAAUGUUUAGAGUUUGGAUGCCAUUUUUUUUAUGGAGCUUACACUAUCAUACCAAAUUUCAUUAAUCUUUGAAAACUAAA